ACUUCAGCCGAAGCACACGACCGAGAUAGGUGAAAAUUUUCAGAAAAUCGCUUCUGAAUUUGUGUAAUUCGUUUUUCGAUCAUCAACGGAUAAAUAAGUGGACUAGUAAUCCUUAAAUAUUUUCAGUGCGUGGCUAGUAAAUAUAUUUUUUAAAAAGAUCUGUAAAUUGUGUGUUUUGCCAUUGUCGCAGUGCUUUGCAACGCAGUUAGCAAAGCAGCACCGCGCUGGCCGCAGUAGCGCCGCCAUUUGAAGAAGAAAUUUUAAUACGUCGCGUUUUUGCCAAUCCAUUUGUCGUGGCGCACCUGGCAAGAGAAAUCAUAUUUGUGAGCUAAAAAAUCGGCACCAAACCAAAGGAAGUUUCAAGCUCUUUGUUGCAGUUUUUAAUUUGUGUUAAGCUGCUGAAUUAUUUUCUGGUAUAUAUUGGGGGAAAAAUAGCUGAAAAAUGAGUGCCGGAAUGCCCGAGUUGGGCUCUAAGAUCAGCUUGAUCUCUAAAGCUGAUAUUCGGUACGAGGGUCGCCUAUACACCGUAGAUCCCCAGGAGUGCACUAUUGCUCUUUCGAACGUUCGAUCUUUUGGAACAGAGGACCGGGAGACACAGUUUCAAAUUGCUCCACAGAGCCAAAUAUAUGAUUAUAUACUUUUUAGAGGUUCUGAUAUCAAAGACAUUCGGGUUGUUAAUAACAGCCUUCCGCAUCCAAAUGACCCGGCUAUAAUGCAAGUGCAGCUACAAAAUGGGCAGCAUAUGAUGCCACAUUUCCCCAUGCCCAAUAUGAAUCCUCCCCAUGCACCGCCAAUGAAUGCAGUCGGAGGUUAUGGCAAUCCCUUUGGAAUGGGAGGACUAGGUAUUGGAGGGGCUGGUGGUGCUGCACCUUCAUUAGCACCGGGAUCUGGAGCACCGGGACCAUAUAUAUUAGGUGGUGGUAAUCAACCACAAUCAACUCAACCGCCUCAGCCACAACAGCAGCAACAAUCGAAAUCACAGCAACAACAAAAACAACCAAACAUACUUGCCGGUGCAUCGCGCUCAACGACACCUAUGAGCCAUGUUUCGCUAAAGAGUGGUUCACCCGAUUUGGCCGCUCAGCAACAGCAUCAAAAUCAACAUCCGAAUCAGAACACUGGACAUGGCGGCAACUCGCGUGAUGCUGGCCACAAGCGACAAAAUCAUCAACAACGUGGUGGUAACAAUAAUCAACGCAACAAUGAUUUUUACCAACAGUCACGUGAUCGACGUGAUUCUGGACGUCACACCGAUGGCAACUAUAAUAAUCAACAUGAGGUUCGUGGUGGUAAUAAUUAUAGUAAUCAACGUAAUAACCAUCAACGUGGUGGGGGUGGCGGCGGAGGCGGCCAAAAUCAUGCUUGGACAAUGCACCGUGGUGGACCUAAUAAUGCUAACAAUAUGAUGGUACGCAACCGAGGCGGCGGACGUGGACGGAUGCAAAAUCAAGGCUUUCGACCAAUGGGCGGUCCUGGUGGCAAUCAAAAUAAACCCCGGAAUCCGAAGAAUGCUAUUAAAUUUUUACAAGAUUUCGACUUUGAGCAGGCCAACGUUAAAUUCGAGGAGCUACGUUCCCAAUUGUCCAAAUUAAAGGUGGGCGAAGAACCCAAAACAGAGCAGAUAAACGGUGAAACUGACAAAAAGGAAGACUCUGGUAAUGAGACCGGCGCUGGCGAACACGAACCGGAAGAAGAAGAAAUUACUGUUGGAUAUGAUAAGACGAAGUCCUUCUUUGAUAAUAUUUCGUGCGAAGCAGCACAGGAUCGUAGUAAGAAUAAGAAAAAUGACUGGCGUCAAGAGCGCAAGCUAAACAGUGAAACAUUUGGAUUUUCAUCUACAAGACGUGGCGGAUAUCGUGGUCGCGGUAACUAUUACAACCGUAAUAUGGGUUCUUAUGGCGGUGGUUACAAUCGCAACUAUCGUGGAGGAAGUAAUUAUCGUAAUCGUAGCAGAAACCCGAAUGCUGCUGCAAACAACGCAAACGGCGGUGCUUCUAAUACUAAUACUGGAAACUCCGGUACGUCUAAUAAUAACAAUAGUGCCAAUACGGCUGUAGCACUGAAAUCUCAAGUGCAAACACCACAAACAUCGGUCUCAGCGUCUGGUUCAACUCCAAAUGCCACGAAAUUAGCAACUGUGGAAAAUAGCAACACACCGCAGCCAAUCGCAGCUGGCGGAGUUGGCCAAUAAUGAUAACAAUCCUCAGAACCAAAUAAGAAGGCAUCAAAUACUACAUUAAUAGCAAAAGAAGCCACAAGAAAUCAACAAAUAUCAAAUAUAUCAAGUACAGUACAUAAAUGAGAACAUCAUAAAAGGAAAAACGGAAAAUAUCUAUGCAUCAUAAAUGGAAAAUCUAACGGAAACUGGAACGUACGGAAGAAAAAUAUAUUUAUAUACGGAUGUUCUUCGCUCUUUGUCGAGAGUAGAAAUAUAAAGCUUAAAUGUGUUUUACCAAAUAUUUCUUCCACCAACUGCGAUGCAUAACAAUAAGUCUACUUUUACAACAUCAACAAAUAUUUGAGCGUUAAAAAAGAGUUCAAUAAGACGUUAGCAAUGCGAAUAAUAUUAAUUAAUAAUGAUGAUUAAGAAUAUACAGAAAAGAAGAAGAAAAAAUACAACGUGGAAUCAUUCAAAGAUGUUAGUAAAAUAGUUUUAUUAAAUCUGAUACAAACAACACAAGUCCAAACGAAAGAAUUAAAACAAAAAGCAGCGAAAAAAAUUAAAGAAUUUGUAUGUUAUAAAAAUGAAAUGAAAUUGAAUUUUAAGAAGCGAAAAGAGAAUUAAAUUGAAUGAAAAUAUGAAUGUUCUGUCGGAACUUAAGAAGAUCGCUCAUCAAUGAGCAAGUUGGAUGUAAUUAAUUAAAAGAAAGGGUAAAGCUACUACUGUAAAGGCAGAAUUACAUUGUAGAAAUGGUGGUGGUAUGUUUUCAACUUCGAAGCAUACAAAUACGAAAGCAUUUACAAAACAUUAAAACCAGAGAAAAUAAAAUUAGAAAUAAAAUACGACUUUUAUGCUGAAUCCUUAAUUAAACAGGAAAUUCAAUUUAUAAAUUACAAUUACCUAUAAUUAAAAAAAAAAAACAAUUUUUAAAAGUUUGCAGAGGAUGAGAGUGAGCCAAAUAAAAUCAGCAUAAAUUAAAUUCAAGUAAAAAAGGAAACAAAUAAAUAUAUUAGCAGGUUAAUACAACAAGAGAAAUGUCGAUACGCCCAUACUUACAAACUACUCAUGCACACAACCACACACUCACACACACACAAAGCUGGCCUAUGAUAUGCAAUGCAACUUCAGAGUAGUAAAAAGCAACGUUAUCUCUAAAACGCACAUAAUACAUAUGUAUAGCAAGUGGCGUUAACUUAACGGUGGCGACAUUAUCACCUAUGUUAAGAUAAUUGAAGGAACUGAGUUUCGGGCAACACAGCUGGAAGCGAAGCCGAACUUAUGUUAUAGUUGGAGGGGAAAGUAAAAUUCUAAGAAUUUUAUACUAGAAAUCAACAACCUACGUUUUCUCAACUUUAAUGCUACAACUACAACAACAACUACUACUACUAUUAUAAUUAUUACUAUUUUAAUUUUAAGAGUUAAAAUAUUUUAAAACAUUUACAAUUAAAUUGAUUGGCUAAGCGCUAAAGCAAAAAUGUUUGUCAAUAAUUGCACAUAUCCAUUAAGAAACGUAACUGAACGAAUGCGCGUGCAGAUUGGUGCCAAUGACAUGUUUAACAUUUGUUUUGCUUUAACAGGUUAGUUCGAUUUGUUAAUUAACAGUUUUCCUUUGCAAAGGCAUGUAAUUACGUCGUACACUCAUCUCAUAUCAUCGUGUAUAUGAUUAACUUAAAAAAAGCAAAGUGCAAAAAUAAAGUUUCCUUCGAGAUAGUUUGAAUAAAGAA